CCCCCACUGUCCCAAGUGGGUCCAUUCCUACCCCAGUAUCGCUGGUGGACAGGACGCUGUGUGUUUGAUCUAGUGAGCUAAGUUCAACUAGUUACAUGUACUACGCUUGUCUUACCGUGUCGACACAGACGUAGAUGUGCAAAGAGAAGGGCGUGUCAAGUGUUGUGUAACCUGGCUGGAGGUUUCAAGUGUUAUAUUAUCUGUCAGGACAUACAAAGUGUUACAUAUCCUGACAGGACACACCAGGUGUUGUGUAGCCCGGCAGGGCAUGUCAAGGGCUGCAUAGCCUGGCAGGACACGUUAAGUGUUAGCAUGACAGGAUAUGUCUAGUGUUUAGCAGCCUGACAGGACAUCUGUGUUGUGGAGCCUGGUAGGACACCCCCAGUAUUGUUGAACUUGACAGGAACCUCCGGUGGUGUGGAGCCUGACAGGACACCGCCAUUGCUGUGGAGCCUUACGGGAGGCAACACCAGAAUAAUGAAGGUUGUUGUCCUAACACUAAUACUGGCCGCCCUCGCCCGUGCAGAUGACCCUGUGUGUGCACUAACCUGUAUCUCGGCCGGUGAUGGACAAGGUGUGCAGUAUGAGCCGGGAAUGCAGUAUAAGUACAAGUAUGAGGGCCAGGUGAUGAGUAAGACAUUAGUGACUGACAGCGAUGACUCACGUAUGUCUGUUAAGGCUGACGUCAUCAUCACCGCCAAUACACUGUGUGACCUCAAGCUACAGGUUGUUAACUUUGGUGUUGAGGAUGUUUCUGAUGAAGAGUCACGGUGGUUCAGAGAAGCUGUCGAGCAGCAUGACCUACAUUUCAACUACCAGGAGGGAAGGAUAGCCCACUUGUGUCCUCACCCAGACGAAGAUGUUGUUGCCACAAACUUUAAACGUGGAGUUCUGUCUGCCCUUCACAUAACUAUAACUGAUAUAACAAGCCUGAAAGAGGUUGUAGUGGAUGAGGGUGAUGUGUCGGGAGUAUGUGAAACGAGGUACUCCGUAAACCCUGAAGACUUUUUUGUAGAGAAAACCAAACACAAUUGUCGUUCAAAUGGUUACCUUCCCAACCUGCCCCACUCUCGCUACUCCACACAAGACUUUAAACUGCAGCUGCCUUUCUUCAGACGUGACCAAUCGUGCCAGAUGAUCUAUGGUGAUCGUGUGUGGAAGAGAGUGGAGUGCAAAGAGGAGGUGAGAGUAGAUGGGCCCUUCACAGCAUCCAGGGAGGACAUCUCUCUUGCUUCUGUCACGGUCUCAGCCACUCUCAUGCUUGAAGCAGGACCUGAAGCAUCCCAAGGAGAUUUUUCUACAGGUGAUUGUCUACAGAGAAGAGAACCCCUCUUAAUGGACCUUGAAGGAGCUGUCCACUCUGAGAGGUCAAGGGAGCAUGAUGGUGUCAACAUCAGAGAUCAAAUUGAUUCAGCACUUGAAAACCUGUUUGCUUCAAUGGCAGGUGAUUCAGAUUUGGAGGAACAGCGACCUCAUGCGUUCUCAAACCUUGUCAGUCUCUUGGGACAUUCUGAACUGGAAGAGGAAAUGGAUCAACUUUGGGACACAUAUGAUGCUAAGGAAGGAUACAGGCAAGUAAAGUGGUUUAGAGACCGACCAAGUAAGAUUUCAGAGCAAAGUGAGAGAACAUUACACUAUCUGGCAUCUUUAAUUGGCGUAAAAAAAAAAUCUUCAUAUGUACAGUACUAUAGUCCAAUGUUGGCCUAA